AUGGAGUUAAUGUUUGAUUGUCAAAAUUUUUCUGAACUCAAGAAGGUUAGGUUAGCAGCAACUGAGUUUACAGGCUAUGCUAUUAACUGGUAUGAUCAAGUUAUGACUCACAGGAGAAGGACAGGUGGAAGACCAAUAGCUUCAUGGGAAGAGCUCACUACAUUGAUGAGGAAAUGGUUUGUACCGGUUCAUUACCACAGAGAUCUCCACCAAAAACUCAGACGCUUGCUUCAAGGAACCAAAUCUGUGGAGGACUAUUUCCAGGAAAUGGAAAGCUUAAUGAUCAAGGCGGAUGUAGAUGAAACCUUAGAAGCUACCAUGGCCAGAUUCCUUGCAGGCCUUAACCGGGACAUUCAGGACAGAAUGGAGCUUCAAGAAUAUGAAGGCUUGGAGGAAAUGCUGCACAAAUCGGUUCUAAUCGAACAACAAACCAAGAGGAAGAGUUUCUCUAAAUNAGACGAAGUCAUAGAAACCGUGAUCAAGAAGGUUAGGUUAGCAGCAACUGAGUUUACAGGCUAUGCUAUUAACUGGUAUGAUCAAGUUAUGACUCACAGGAGAAGGACAGGUGGAAGACCAAUAGCUUCAUGGGAAGAGCUCACUACAUUGAUGAGGAAAUGGUUUGUACCGGUUCAUUACCACAGAGAUCUCCACCAAAAACUCAGACGCUUGCUUCAAGGAACCAAAUCUGUGGAGGACUAUUUCCAGGAAAUGGAAAGCUUAAUGAUCAAGGCGGAUGUAGAUGAAACCUUAGAAGCUACCAUGGCCAGAUUCCUUGCAGGCCUUAACCGGGACAUUCAGGACAGAAUGGAGCUUCAAGAAUAUGAAGGCUUGGAGGAAAUGUUGCACAAGGCGGUUCUAAUCGAACAACAAACCAAGAGGAAGAGUUUCUCUAAACAUUUCUUUGCUCCAAAACCAAGUUAUCAAGAUAAAGGUAAGUCUCCAACCCCAUCAAAUUCAGUUUUUAAGACUAAUGCUCCUGCUCGUUUUGAUAAAGGAAAGGCAGUCGAGACCAACAAUCGGGCAAGGGAUAUUCGGUGUUUCAAAUGUCAAGGACUUGGACAUUAUGCCAACAAAUGCCCGAAUCAAAAGGUAAUGAUCCUCCUAGACAACAGUGAAGUGGAGUCUGAGGACAAUAAAGAAAAAGAGGAAGAUCUCGGUCCAAUCUUUGACGAAGAGGAAGAACAGUUUGAAUAUCCAACUCAAGGGACACUUCUGGCCACUAGGAGAUCAUUGAGCGUUCAGCCUAAAUCCAAUGACCGAGAACAAAGGGAGAAUCUCUUUCACACUAGAUGUUUAGUUCAAGAUAAAGUUUGUUCUUUGAUCAUUGACGGUGGAAGUUGUACUAACGUUGCUAGUGAAACUCUUGUUAGGAAGCUUGGACUUGAGACCAUACCUCAUCCGCGGCCCUUUAAACUGGAAUGGUUGAAUGAAACAGGCGAACAGUACGUCAGGGAGCAAGUCACGGUUCCUAUUACCAUCGGCCGAUAUGAAGACGAGAUCCUGUGCAAUGUCCUUCCCAAGGAUGCAAGCCAUAUCCUUCUAGGACGACCUUGGCAGUUUGACAUGAGGGUCCAUCAAGACCAUGUCCAGUUGAAGAAAAACCGGGAAAAAGAAAUUAAACCAGCAAAAUCUGAGGUAUCUCCUAAAAACUCCAACUUCUUUGUCAAAGAGAGCCAAGUACGGAAAUCUUUGUACUCUCAACAGCCAUUGCUUUUACUUGUGUAUAAAGAAACACUAAUGGGAUUUUCUGACCUUGCACCGGAGCUUCCGAGUGAUUUGAUAGACGUUUUGCAGGAAUUCUCAGAUAUCUUUCCAGAAGAGAACCCUAACGGGUUGCCGCCAAUAAGAGGUAUAGAACACCAAAUUGAUUUCAUCCCAGGUGCGUCACUUCCAAACCGGCCGGCUUAUCGAACCAAUCCGUUGGAAACAAAGGAAAUUCAAAAGCAGAUUGGAGAGCUUCUUGAAAAAGACUGCCGUGCCAUCAACAACAUUACGGUAAAGUAUAGGCAUCUGAUCCCUAGGCUUGAUGACAUGCUAGAUGAAUUGCAUGGUUCUUCUGUUUUCUCAAAAAUAGAUUUGAAAAGUGGUUACCACCAAAUUCGCAUGAAAGAAGGUGAUGAAUGGAAGACUGCAUUCAAAACUAAGCUAGGAUUGUAUGAGUGGCUUGUCAUGCCUUUUGGCCUUACUAAUGCACCUAGUACAUUCAUGCGUUUGAUGAAUCAUAUCUUGCGAGCUUUUAUUGGUCACUUUGUUGUUGUCUACUUUAAUGACAUUCUUAUCUAUAGCAAGAACCGUGAGGAACAUAAGCUGCAUCUGAAAUCUGUCCUAGAUGUUCUUAGGAAAGAGAGGUUAUUUGCAAAUCUUAAGAAGUGCUCUUUUGGAACAGAUCACGUGGUUUUCUUAGGUUUUAUUGUAGGUGCUGAUGGACUCAGGGUGGAUGAAGAAAAGAUCAAGGCCAUCCGUGAUUGGCCUAGCCCCAAAACCGUUGGAGAGGUAAGGAGCUUCCAUGGUCUAGCUGGGUUCUACCGAAGGUUUGUUCAGGAUUUUAGCACAAUAGCAGCUCCACUCACAGAGGUAAUCAAGAAGAAUGUUGGUUUCAAGUGGGAACAAGCUCAGGAGGAGGCGUUUCAGAUACUUAAAGGGAAGUUAACUCAAGCUCCUUUACUUACACUUCCUGAUUUUUCCAAAACUUUUGAGAUAGAAUGUGAUGCCUCAGGAGUGGGUAUUGGUGCUGUGUUGAUGCAGGAAAAGAAACCCAUUGCCUACUUCAGUGAGAAAUCAGGAGGAGCCACACUCAAUUACCCCACUUAUGACCAAGAGCUAUACGCUUUGGUUAGGGCACUCCAAACAUGGCAACAUUAUCUUUGGCCAAAGGAUUUUGUCAUUCACACAGAUCACCAAUCCUUGAAGCACCUCAAAGGCCAACAAAAGUUGAACAAAAGGCAUGGACGUUGGGUUAAAUUCAUUGAGAUCUUUCCCUACGUCAUAAAAUACAAACAAGGUAAGGAGAAUGUGGUGGCUGAUGCCUUGUCUAGAAGGUAUGUUCUUCUUUCAGCUCUUGAAACUAAGUUACUUGGUUUUGAGUUCAUUAAGGAAUUGUAUGCAACUGACCAGGAUUUUAAAGAGAUUCAUAGAAAAUGCUCUAAAGUCGCUCAUGGGAAAUAUUAUCAAAUGUAUGGAUUCCUAUUCUUUGAUAACCGUCUUUGUGUGCCCCAAUGUUCUUUGAGGGAGUUAUUUGUCAGGGAAUCUCAUGGAGGAGGAUUAAUGGGACAUUUUGGAGUGGCCAAAACACUUAGUAUUAUGCAGGAUCACUUCUACUGGCCGCAUAUGAAGAGAGAUGUGGAAAGGAUUUGCGGAAGGUGUGUCACUUGCAAGCAAGCCAAGUCUAAAGACUGCCUAGAACCAAGAGAGGUAGAGAACCAAGAGAUGUGGAAAGGACUGGCCGCAUAUGUAGAGAUUUUGGUCUCUAGACUGCAACCCAUUCUGCCCUUCAUCGUCUCAGUUAAUCAAUCAGCUUUUGUAGCUGAUCGUCUGAUAACUGAUAACAUCAUGAUUGCUCAUGAAGUGGUUCACAACCUCUCUUCUCAUGAGGAGAUCUCCACUCAGUGCAUGGCGGUGUAA